GGAGGGCUUUUCCGUGCCAAAGGAAGCCCUUUUGAGAAGUCCAGGCGUCCUAUUUUGUGCUGCAAAACUGGGUGGUUUUGUUUGAUCCACAAAGCACUGAUAACUUGGCCAAGUGGAGCUACGGAGACUCACAGCGCUGCGUAAUUUGGAUGCACAGAAGAAAUAAAAAAAAAAUGCUGGCCAGGAUUGUUUUCAUUUGCUCCUUCUUUGCUGGUGCUAGUUUUGGAGAUACUGAGUCCAAGGCGUCAUACGGCGGAGCUUGCAAAUCUUUGUGCACCUGUGAGGAGAAAGAUGGAGUACUGUACGUGAACUGUGAGGAGAGAAACAUAAGCAGAAUCUCGGAUGUGAAAGUACCAUCAGAUGUACCUUUUCAUCUAAAUUUAUACAAAAAUGACUUGGUGGAGUUACUUGCAGAGGACGUGGAGGCUUUCAAGAAUGCCAUUACCUUACAUCUCGGUGCGAACAGCAUACAGGAGCUCGAACCUGGCGUGUUUAGUGCACUGGGAUCCCUGAAAAAGCUGCACAUAAACAGCAAUUUCCUGGUUAUGUUGAAGGAGGACACAUUCCAGGGGUUGGUAAAUUUGGAGUACCUUCAGGCUGACACCAACUUCAUCCGAGUGGUUGAGCCUGGGGCUUUCAGCAAGCUCAUCCGUCUCAAAGUUCUGAUCCUCAAUGACAACUCAAUCGACUUCCUUCCGAGCAACAUUUUCCGCUUUGUGCCUCUGACACAUUUGGAUCUGCGCGGGAAUAAGCUGCAGACACUGCCAUACGUAGGUUUCCUGGAGCAUAUCGGUCGUAUCAUGGAGCUCCUGUUGGAGGAUAACGACUGGGUGUGCAAUUGCGAAAUCUUGCAUUUGAAGGUGUGGAUUGAGAACAUGCGAGCGCAGUCGUCUAUCGGCGAGGUGGUCUGCAACAAGCCUGAAAAUCUCAAGGGCACCUCGUUGGCCAGGGUCAAAAGAGAUUCGCUUUGCCCCUCCCAUGCUGACAUCAAUCUCGAAGAGCCAUUACAGUCUCAAGACAUGGUUGUCACUCCAUCCACCAAGGUUGUCCAGAUACCGAAUGCCAAAGAUGACGCAAAGAAACCCACCCCUGCAAACGGCCCCGAGACAGUCUGUGGAUCAGUGUGCUCUUGUUACCCAAGUGCGGGUUUUUUAAUGCACUGCGAAAACCGAGGCAUUCAAAGGAUAUCGGAUAUAGGCAUUCUCGAACAAAGCCCAACCAAGCUGUUUUUGUCUGGAAAUAUGAUACAACGACUUUACAAGUAUGAUUUUGUGACAUACGACACUUUGGAUGUGCUUAAUUUGUCCAACAACCAGAUCGACUACAUCGACAACGAAACCUUCCUGAGCUUGAGCAAUCUAAAAAAGCUGCAACUGAAUGGAAACAGGAUAGAGAGAAUCUCUGCAACUAUGUUUCUCGGUCUUCACAACCUGGAGUACCUGUACUUGGAGUAUAAUGUCAUCAAAGAGAUUGAGGCGGGAUCGUUUAAUCCUUUGACAAAUCUGAGACUCCUGUUCCUGAACAACAAUCUACUCAACACACUCCCAGCGCAAAUAUUCCGCAAUGUGCCCUUGGUGAUGUUAAACCUAAGGAAAAACGUCUUUACGCACUUACCGGUGAGUAAUGCCUUGGAGCAGCUCAGUUUUCUGGAGCAAAUUUAUCUUGAGGACAAUCCCUGGGACUGCACUUGUGAUUUGGUCAGCCUCAAACAGUGGGUGGAAAGGCUUACCAGGGAUACUGUGGUGGGAACUAUCUUAUGCAAAACUCCACAAAAGCUGGCCGCUGUUGAUGUUAGAAACCUGAAACAUGACAUACUCUGUCCUGGAUUAGUCACUUAUAAGUCCAUAGGCAAACACACGGAGGAUGUUUUUUUAGUCACGCCUGCUCCGCAAGGUGGCACCAGCAGCUUCUUCGGGUCUCUGAAAGAAGUGCCACUUUCAGUGCUCAUCCUCUGCCUUCUCAUCCUAUUCCUGACCGUCAUUUUCUGUUCUGCUGGGAUAGUUGUGUUUGUGCUACACCGUCGGCGGAGGCAAGCCAAAAAGAAACAAGCUGAAGAGCAACCUCGCGAGAGCAGUCCCAUCCACCUGCAUUACAGCAUGUACGGCCAGAAGACCACCCACCAUGUAACCGAAAGGCAAGGACCUGUCAUGUACGACGAACCAUCGCGUAGCCCCAUUGUUCAGGUUUGCCGAAACCCUAGUUACUGCUCCCAGCACAAAGAAUACGAGCUAGGCGACUACGAUAGUGAGAAAGCCAAGCAUAUCUGCCACAGUCUUCUUGAUAAGGGCAAUGAAUCCCUGCCCAACGUGAAGUUCAGGGCCGUUUCCGACUAUCCCGCUGAGUUUGUGGGUUUGGGAGAUACCAGUUCCUUGUACAAGAGCAUCUUAGAAAGGGAGCGGGAACUCCAACAGCUCAGCCUCACCGAAUACCUCAGGAAAAACAUUUCACAGCUACAACCAGCUGUGGACAUGCAAGUCCCAAACCAUCACAAAGAGCUGAAGCUCAUGGAGACUCUCGUUUAUACAAGGCCUCGGAAAGUUAUGGUGGAACAGACUAAAAACGAGUACUUUGAACUCAAAGCCAACUUACAUGCUGAACCAGACUAUUUAGAAGUCUUAGAGCAUCAAACGACUUUCAACUGAGAUAAGUACACUGUAUACUUUGAUACUCCAAGUGCCUUGAGAGUUUAUUCUGGGUUAUAGAGAGAUAUAACACAACAAAUCCAGAGUAGAGGCGAUUCUCACGAUGCAAUCAUUCGAUGUGGACACGAUGUCUAUUUUUCAGGUGGACCUUUGCUAUCGGACAUGCAGAAAGAGCCACAGAGUUACGUCUUCGGACGCGAUUGGCUUUGAUAGCAGCGUAUUUGUUGUGCGUUGUGGUUAAUGCAUUCUCUUUAUGUUUACUACACAGUAGAGAGACUAGCAUAGAUUCACUUCACAUUUCUAUCUCUGUAUCUCUAAUGUACGUGGCAGAUCUUUUAACUCUGUAGCAAGGGAAGAAAACAUGUUUUCUUUCAUUUUUUUUUUCUGUCAGACAGAACAUUUAUGGUUAGUUAAAACAUUCCCUGAUUUGCUAAGCUUUGAAUUAAACAUGCCCAACACAGUUUUCGUGCAUUAAAUAUUAAAUAAUGGGGGUACUUGGAUCUGAAGAUGCUGGAAAAUUGCAUUUAUUAAUAAAUAAGGCGCCAUCAACAGCAAGCGGCUUGCCAAGCGGCUAUUGUUUUGACCCUAAGGUCAGACUUUAUGAGUGGGCUCAUUUAUCGUGUCUGAAAUUGCCGUCUCACCUGGAAUUCUCAACACGCCCGGAGAGUUUGUUCACAAAUUAUGUCAUACAGACCCACUUGCUCAUUACCUCCACUGUUUCUGAUAUGGACAAAAACUCUGCUGGGCUUCUUUCUCGGAGAAAAUGAAAAGAAUUGCACUACUUAAAAUACCAUUUGAAAGUGGUUGAUGACAAUCACGUUGUGAGUCCGCACAGUCUAUGCCAUUUUUCGUUUCCAAUUGGAAAACUGAGUAGUGUAGCUUCUGGUUUGUAUAUUAAUGUUGUUUGAAGUUCCUUUCGAAAACACAAAUCAUAUCCGACUAUUUUCUUUCAGCAUGACAAUUAUGCAGGGUGUUUUAUCUUCAUCAACUGGCUGGAGAAGAAAAGAAUUUCUAUAUCUAUAUAUGUACAUGUAUAGAGAAAAUAUGCACACAGACUAUUGUGUUAAGCCUUGAAAUGUUUUACUGUAUGGAAGAGCACCAUAGCUUUAUUUUGUACAAGUGUGGAUGAGAGUUAUUUAUUCUGUAUAUUUGUACAUAAUUUUACAUUUAUAUGUUUGUGUGCCUUUAACGUGGUACCAAUUAAGCUGUACAUAACAAAAUAAUAAUAAAAAUAUAUAUAAUAAAUUG